AUUGUCAAAACCUAUUUUCUCAACGAAGUCCGCAGUUUUGCAUGCCAGUAUCGUAAGAAAACAUCAUGACUGCGUUCGAUUUGUAAAAAGAAAAGAGGCGCAAAGUGCAGCCGCGAGAAAGAUAGCGCAUCUGUUUUGGAGGAGUGAGUGAGUGCAGAGAAAGGUUUCUCGUUUCGUUUCACUCGUCGCGUUUCACCCGUUCGACGAGUGACGUGCCUCGGGUCUUCGUCGGUGGGGAAGAAGAUUGUACUUGGAUUUUAACGCAAAUAGAGAAGACGCGGGCUUUCGUCCUUGCGAAAAAUUUAUCGCGCGACUGUGCGUCUUAACCUUUUCUAUUGUUUAAAUGCAAUUAAAGUGGGCUGCUGGCCGCAGUGUGUGAUUCCUGCGGAUCAACGACUAUCCUCACGUCACUUUCGCAGCGAUCGACCGAUGCAUAGUACUUCGAUGGAGCUUAUUCGCGCGUGACACCAACUUUCGGGACACCAGGCUCGACUUUCGCCAGAUUUUGGUAGCUGUCUACAUUUACAUUACUGUGGCAGCUUUUAUUUUCCUACAUACGAUCAACAUGUUUACCACAUGACAUGAACUUCAUUUUAUGACAAGUACAUAAUAUCACUAAUAUUUAUGGAAAUUAUCUUUGCGUCACAUUUUAUGACACAAAAUAUGAAAAAUUUUAUUACAUGCAAUAACGAUUUAACAAGUAUUUAAUGUAACUUUUGACACCACAUUUAUGCUUUAUAAAUAUUUUUAAGUAGCGUAUGAACGUCACAUUGUCUAUGCAUUAAAGACAAUAAUAUUCACACAAUAAAGGGCCAUAUAGAGAAAAUGAAUAGCAGGCUUGAAGAACAGGAGUCAAAAUGGACAUGUGAAUAUUGUACAUAUGAGAAUUGGCCUUCAUCAUUGAAAUGCACAAUGUGCAGAGGUGCCAAGCCUUUAUUAGGGGAGGAUAUUUACCGCCUACGAGAUCCAAGCCCACAAAGGUCUGGAUCGAACGUCGCAUCUGGUCCAGUAACUCAUUUAAGUCCAACAGAUUCUUACAAUCUUAGUUGUCAAAAUGUACCAUUGGGAAAGUGGUCUUGUGCAAUGUGUACCUAUCUUAAUUAUCAAAAUACCACACGUUGUGUUCAGUGUGGAAAUAGGAAACCUACAGGUCUCAAUCAGUCAAUACACUCCGUAGCCUCGAAUUUGCAUGAACACCUAGCACCUCUUAGGCUAGGAGAUCCACCACCAAACUCAGGAUCGAAUCCUCCUCCAAUAAACUUACACCCAGAAAGAUAUUAUAACUUACAAGCAAAUUUACAUCCCGAGAAGUGGUCUUGUCUUGUGUGUACUUAUGAAAAUUGGCCAAAAGCCACAAAGUGUGUGAUGUGUGGUAAUCCUAAAGAAAAAGAUAGAAGAGACAGAACAACCAAUAACAUGGGUAUUAUUUUACCAAGCCCAGAAAGAGAUCAUAGCCAGCGUAACUUACCUUCUCCGCCUCAUGCACCUUAUAUUCAUCAAACCCAGAGGGAUGAGAAUUUGGCCGUGGGACGAAGGAAUUCACAUAGAUAUCCUGAUAGCAGAAAUGACAAUUUGUCAACUCCUCAAUCCCCUAAUAAUUGUGACUAUGAGCGUAGACUAAAACAGUUAAGGCGUCAUACUGAUUGGUGCUGGUUAAAUGCGUGUCUUGGCAUUGUGGAAGGUGACAAUGCUCCUGUUGAAGCUUAUUUGGCAAGUGGUGGUGAUCCUGCUCGUCAAUUGACGCAUUCAGAAGUUCUGCUUCUAAAUAGAAGUAGUGCUUUUGAUGUUGGACAUACCUUAGUACAUUUAGCUAUUAGAUUUCAAAGAGAGGAUAUACUAGCGACAUUAUUAUCACAAAUCGAGGGUUCUGGAUCCGGAGUAAAAAGAGUACCAAGUUAUGUUGCACCAGAUUUGGCUGCUCAAAUUCGCAGACAUGUCACUAAUAGUAUCCGGUUACGCAAGGGUUCUUUCCCAUGUUAUUUUGUCACCGAUAUAGCCACAUUUGCUUUGCCUGCUGAGGUUGAAGAUUUACCAAGUAUAGUGCAAGAACAGAUGUUGGAAGAGUUAUUGGAUAAAGAAGCUCAACAGCAAUUAGAAGGUGGUGGUGGGGAACCACCAGCAUUGAAUUGGUCUUUAGAAAUUACCGAACGUUUAGGAAGUCGUUUACAUGCACUUUGGAAUAGAUCCGCUGGAGAUUGUUUAUUAGAUUCUGCUAUGCAAGCUACUUGGGGUGUUUUCGAUCGAGAUAAUGCUUUGAGAAGAGCUCUUGCUGACACUUUACAACAAGCUGGUCAAUUUUUUUACCCCCGAUGGAGAGAAUACGAAGCAUCUCAAGCAUCUAGAAUGUUGGAUUUUACAUUAGAAGAGACUCAAUGGCAAGAAGAUUGGGAAAGCUUAUUAGCAACAGCUGCUCAACCAGGAAGUGCUCUAGAGCAGUUACACGUAUUUGCUCUAGCCCAUAUUUUAAGGCGACCUAUUAUUGUUUAUGGCGUUAAAUACGUUAAAAGUUUUAGAGGGGAAGAUAUAGGUUACGCAAGAUUCGAAGGUGUUUAUCUUCCACUUUUAUGGGAACCUUCAUUUUGUAUUCGCUCACCUAUUGCUUUGGGUUAUACACGUGGUCAUUUCACGGCUUUAGUUCCCAUCGAGCCAUACACAUCGUCUAGAAUACCACCUCUUUCAUCUCAUGGUGGUGUAGGUUUGGGCGGUGGUAACGGUCCACUUCAACAGCUGCAAAUACAGAUGCAGACUACAUUCAUGCCUUUAAUGGACCGAGAACAUAAACUCUUACCAAUACAUUUUUUGAGUCUAGAAGAAGUAGGCCGAGAAGAAUCAAUUUUAAAGGAAUGGCUCGAUGUAUGCAGGACCGAAGGUGGUAUUCUUGUUGCGCAACAAAAACUACACAAAAGACCCUUAUUAGUAGCACAAAUGCUAGAAGAAUGGUUAAAUCAUUAUCGGAGACUCGCUCAAACCAACAACGCACCCUUUUUGAGACCAGCAGUUUUACAAGAUUAUAGUAGCGAUGGAGACACAGAAGAUGAAUAACAAGGUGAAAUCCUUUAAGUUAUCGAAAUUCAACCGAGAAGACUUUUUCUAUGAUUUGCCGAAAACUAAUCGUAACGUAAGAUCUCAGAGAUUCGCAACUUUCUGAAUACAGCAGAAAGAAGUGUAUGAAUGUUAUAACACACGCAUUCAUUGGCAAUGUAUCAUUUUCAAAUGAUCUUUGUACAUUAAUAUCGGUCACUGAACCACUAAACCACUGAACGUCUCUAAAAUUUCAUCGAUUCGUAUUACUUAAUUAUAUCGGAUGUUUAUUCAUCUUUACAAAUAGUUGCUGUAUUAUUUUAUUGUUAUUUAAUCAAGAGACUGCGUAAUAAGUAGUUUCGUUGCCAAAGUGCGAUUCUGGGUAUCAAAGUAGUAAGUUAACGAGUAAAAUUUUUGUUACAGCUAAUAUCGUUUCUAUUAGAGUUAGUUUUCCCUCUUGAUAAGUUGACUAUUACCGAAAAUAUGUAAUAUUAAUCUUCACAAUAUGUUUAUAACUAGAAGUUAUUAAACUGUUGUGUCCCUGA